AAUUUGUGUGUGCUCUCACCAAAACAAAUACAAAGACAAAGUUUACUAUUCAAAAGGCCGAUUCCCUCUUUAGAAAGAGAGAGAGAGGGCGGCAGCAGCAGAAGACAGCAGCUAAGGCAAGCGCGAAGAUGAUAAUUCCAGUUCGUUGCUUUACCUGCGGCAAGGUGAUUGGAAACAAAUGGGACAUGUAUCUUGACCUUCUCCAGUCAGAUUACUCCGAAGGAGAUGCACUUGAUGGAUUGGGGUUGGUCCGUUACUGCUGCAGACGAAUGCUUAUGACUCAUGUAGAUCUCAUUGAGAAGCUUCUGAAUUACAACACUCUGGAGAGGAACGAGACCACUUGAUGAAUGGGGUUGCUUGCAAGUGAGCCAAAGUUCGUUUUACUGAAUGUCUAGUGGGGCAUGUUUGUCUUUGUUUGUGAAUGUCUAUGUCUUAAGACUCUUUUUAACUUUUUUAUUUAGUUGGAGCAAGACAGAAGUGAAGAUAUGCAUGGAUGUGUUUGUGACAAUUCUGUUGUUGCUUGUGAAUUUUUUUGAUGUGUAUGAAUCUUAUCCACUAAAUUAAAAUAUGUUUGUUGCUUGAGCGAUAA